AUGCUAGAGAAGGGGGUGGUUCGUGUAAUUGUUAAACUUAUCAAGAGGGCAAAAUUUACCAGCAGGAUCCAGGGUGUUCGCGAGUCAUGUAAGGCCCUUGGGUUUGAAAAUAGGAAACAACUGGGUGGUUUCUCCACAACUACCAGUGAGCCUGAAGUCCCGGAUCAUGGAUGUGUCGUGAGAAUGGCUGAAGAGGUGGACGCUGCUCUAUCAUCCCUUGCCGAGACGGAUUUCGCAGGCCUCUUUCGCUUGGAAAAGAUGGAUUAUGAUGGUUUCUGUCAGUUUUGUUGCAACCGAGUCCGUUAA